AAGUGAGAGGGAACGCGCGGAGAGAGUUGUGUAAUCUGUCCAUUUUGUGUCUCCUGUCUCUCCACUCUUUCUCUCUCUGUUUUUCCCGUGGCCCCCUGGCUGCCAGGCGUCACACCAAGGACCCACAAAAAGGUGUCGAGUGAACAGUGUAAACUGAAAGAGGAAAAAAACGGAACCCUUCCCACAUUGCAGAAAUCACGGGGAGUGACUGUGACAGAGGGAAGGGGACAGAAAGCUUGAUAGCAGAGGAAACCCGCACAUAACUCCAUCACAUGUCUUUCAGGACUGGGACGGAUUGCUAAACUGGAGUUCUAAUCAUUAUCCGUGGGUCAGACGUUUGCGGGAGACUCUUGGAGCAUGCAGCGCGGUUCAUUUUUCAGGCUCUAUGUGCUGUGGGUCUUUGUGGUGGUUACGACCUCCAUGACCAAGGCUGCCAAGAGGAAGGUGGCAAGUCGAAUUUCCAGACAGACGUUUGAGGCGGACCCUGUUGAGGGGGUGUGGUCUGUGUGGGGGGAGUGGUCAGAAUGCUCUCAAACUUGCAGCGUGGGCAUCUCACAGAGGAGCAGGAAGUGUUUAUCCCCUCCACAUCCCCAUACACCUCCUCUCUCCCUCUCCCCUCCUAACUGGGCAGGUUAUCUGCCCGGGGGUGUCCGGGGUCCUGUUAUCUCACCUGUGAAUUCUUACUACUCUCCUCGUUACCCGGGGCAACACCCAUCUUAUCACUCUCCAUCAGUCUCCAGCAGCAAUAACCCAGGAUUGUCUUUGUAUCAGAAUAUUCCUGCUGGAGGAGAAGGGCCUCCUAUUCCUGGACAAACCAAUCGAGCACCUUCUUUUUACCAUCCACAAGUCUCCCCACCCAAUCAGGACCCUGUGACCGCACACCGACCUCCAUACCACACACACCUGCAAGGCUACAACCAGCCGGGGCGGGUCAUUAGAAGGCCAACGAAUCCAGGAACAACGAGAGCAGGAGGAGGUGGGAGCAUACGCUCUGUCUCCUCCGGUCGGGAAGGUUUGCCAUUGAGAAGGUCCUCCAGUAUCCGUCCAGGUCAGUUUGGAUAUGGAAAGGUUCCCUUCUCUCUACCUUUGCAUCGUCCCAACCGACAGGCUCGCCACACUGUUAACAGCACUGAUGAUGCGCUCGUGUCAGGUGUAGCUGAAGAAAACACAAUGAACAGCAGAACAGAGGAAGAAGAGAGAGAGGAGAGGACAGAGGAGAUCAGCGAGGCACCUGCUGCUGAGGAGGGACCAACAUCAACUACCACUGUCAGCCCACACCGACAUGUAAACCGACCGCCACACACCCACACAGAUCAUGGGUUGAGCAGAGUCCCCCCCAGACACCCCUUCUCUCGCACUUCAUUGCCAUCUGUUUUCAGUAAUCACCAAAGAUUUGAUUGGAACUCCGUCACCGCUCCACCUCCUCCAGUACCUUCCUUUUCACGCCCACGCUCCCCUGGAGGUGCUUCACCUUUUUCCUCUGCUCUCCAUCGCCCCAGCCCUGUGCACAGAGACAGGGAACACCAUCCGGGCUUCAGUUCUCAGGCCCCGCCCGCAGGCAACAUCUACCCCUUACAGAACCGGCAUCCAUCGCACCUGGGAGGCGAGUCAAGCAGGCAUGGAGGCGGAGAAGCUUCUCAGGUGUACAAAUGCUCUGGAGCUGAGAAGGAGUACCGCAGGUGCUUCUCACAGGUGUGUGGAGGAGGUGCGUUGGACUCCAGAGCGGAGCAGUGUGCGGCCUUUAACACUCAGGAGUUCAUGGGUCGCCUCUACAACUGGGAGCCUUUCACUGAAGUUGGUGCAGACAAGCAGUGUGAGCUGACCUGCAGGCCUGCUGGGUAUCGGUUCUACGUUCGUCAGGCAGAGCGCGUCAGAGACGGGACGCCCUGCUUCAGCAUUAACACCAAUGAUGUGUGUGUAGAAGGACGAUGUCUGACUGAGGGAUGUGACGGGGUGCUGGGCUCCAGUGCUGUGAUUGACAAGUGUGGAGUGUGUGGUGGCCGUGACACCUCCUGUCGAAAAGUGACAGGAAGCUUCCAAAAUGUCACAGUUCCCCUUGGCUACCACAAAAUCCUGGACAUCCCACCUGGAGCCACAUUCAUUAACAUCACGGAGAGACAAGCAAGCCCUAACUACCUGGCCAUGAGGAGCGGAACAGGGGUGUCGGUGGUGAAUGGGCGCUGGGCUGUGGACCCUCCAGGGGAGUACCAGGCGGGGGGGACCACUUUCACCUACACCCGACCUAGAGCCCAGUCAGAAGGAGAGGAAGAGAAAGGCGAGUCCCUGAGGGCACGAGGACCCACCACAACACAGCUGCAGCUAUAUAUAAUUUUCCACAAGGCAAAUCCAGGCAUCGACUAUGAAUUCUAUAUCCCUGUGGAGAAGAAGGAGGGAGAGAGGGAAACACUAAUGGAGAGGGAGGUUCCUAGAGAGGCACCCAGGGAGAGACUAAGAGAGCGAGAGCCGGCGAGGGCACCCUUUCGCGGUCCCCUCACUGUGUCAGUAGAAGAUCCUCCUCCCGCUGCUCCUCCUGUUUCAGUCCCUUCUUUCCCCUCCUCUUCCUCCUCCUCUGUGUUCUCUCCCCCAUCUACCGACCGAUGGACACCUGAGAGGACACGCCCACGAGGAUCAGCACCCAACAGGAAUGCUCGGAUCCCCCCUCGUACUGACCUGCCUCCGGACACACAGUCACCAUUUGUGUGGAGGAGAGGAGGCCUCAGAGAAUGCUCUGCUUCAUGUGGAAAAGGUUUUCAGCACAGAGUCAUUUUGUGUAUAAAUCGGCACACAGACGAAGAAGUCCCCGAAAGGAAGUGCGACUCUGCAGCUAAACCUGUUCCUGAAGAAGAGCCUUGUAACACAAAACCCUGUCCACCAUUCUGGGAGGCCAGUGCAUGGUCAGAGUGCAGUGUGUCCUGUGGGCAGGGUGUACAGCAAAGACAGCUCCAGUGCAGACAGAGCUUUGGAAACCAGUCAACCAUGGUCCACCCUCAGCACUGUGCCAACCUCACUCCACCAGAGUCUACGCAGGCCUGCCAGCUCCGUCUCUGCUCCCACUGGGAGGUCAAGUCUGACUGGACCACAUGCUCAGUGGACUGUGGAGUGGGGAGAAGGACUCGGAGUGUGCGUUGUGUAAGCGAUCAAGGCAGUAUAGUGAAUGAUAACGAAUGCAACUCUGGGCUCCGCCCACAAGGAAGUGAGGAGUGCAACAUGGGUCCCUGUGUGACCAACUGGUACUUCAAUGACUGGUCCAAAACUUGUUCAGCGCAGUGUGGCCCCGGGGUGCAGAAGAGAGAAGUGGUGUGUCUCACCAAAGGAGGGGUCAGAGAAGGUGGAGGAGGAGGAGGGGACUGCGUCGCAGAAAGACCAGCAGAGAUGAAGGCCUGUAACAAGGGUCCUUGUGUGCCGACAGCCAUGUGGUACAGCAGCCCCUGGACACCGUGUAAUGUGCCAUGUGGGGAUGGAUCCCAACGACGAGACAUCAUUUGUGUCGAGAAGAUGGAGAAUGACUUUACCAUUGUUCCAGCCACUAAGUGUGGUCAUCUAGAGAAGCCUGCUGUAGUCCAGGAGUGUGAUAUGGGAGAGUGUCAGCCACAGUGGUUCACAACCGAGUGGAGCGCGUGUUCACGCUCCUGUGGGAAAGGCUUACAGAUGAGGGAGGUUCGAUGUCUAACACCAGACAAAAAGCACAGCCAAGCCUGCGAUGCCAGUACCAAACCUGAACACGAGCAAGUCUGCAACAUAGUACCCUGCGGCCUACAAAUCACAGAUAAAAACUGCCGGGACAGACGUGAUAACUGUUUAAUGGUAGCGCAGGCUAGAAUGUGCGUCUACUCCUUCUACAAAACUGCCUGCUGUGCUUCCUGUGCCCAGAGUGCUCAGCGCGCCAAGAGGCACUGAACAGCCAAUCACAAGCAACCGCAGAGCUCAAAGCAGUCGAAGAAUAGGUCAACGUGACUAAUCACCCCUGAAAGGAUGAGUCUGUAGGAAUGGAGAGCCCAGACUUGACAUGGCAUUCACAUAACAUUUAACUUCUUUUUUUUCCUGACUCUUCAGGUAAAACACUGUGAAAACAGCUGAUUUUUUCUACCAGUAAGCAGAACUGAUUUAAUCUUCUCGAGCCACAUCUACAACAAAGCUUGCUUCAUUUUUCUUAGUGCAUUUCCAUGUGCAUUGUCUUUUCUUUCAUUUACACUCUUGGAGGCUCAUUUCUGUUGCUUUUAGGUUGUAAUGGAAGGUGCUCACUGAGGACACGGCUGUGUUUCAGCAGCAAAUUGUGCCCUCCUAAUCUACAAGAUCUUAAAGCAGAUGCAUUUAGACAUGCAUAGCACUACUUAUGUGUAAAACAAAUCAUUACCAUAUGUGCCAGAUGAACUGUGUAUACCGUAGUGCUGCAGUAUGUAUGGUGAAGAUCUACUGGAAUAGAUCUGUGCACAAGUCCUCUCACUGAGCAGCAGUGACAACCCCCCAGCCAAGCAAGAAGGAUUUAUUUACAUGUCUGAUUGCCAAAAAAUAUUUCCACAAGUGUCUUUAUUUAGUAUUUGGACAGAUGAACCAAAGGGGUAGGAUUACCUUGGUAGAAUGUGACCAAAUAUAAGUGGAUGCAGGGACAGAGAUGAGACUCUUCCCAAACAAGAAAGCACGGACUGAGUGUGUAUUUAAUUCACAUGUAGGUCUUUUUUUAACUCUUUCUUUCAGUCCUUUUUUAGUCAAGCUGAUAACAGCCUUACACACUUUGUGUCCUUAUGGUGUCCUACCAUGAAACUUGCUAGUUUAAAUUUUUUUUAAAUGACUCACUACUAAAAGAUGAAGUCAUUUUUAUUAAACAUCUGUGCUGUGCUUUUAGCCAGAAUUCCUCAGGAGCCAUAGGGGAUAUGUUUGGGGCUUUUGCCAAGGUCUUGUUUGGUGAUUAAUGUAGUCAAUAUAGAUGCUUUAAAAAGGAGCCACUGGGUUUAUUAUAAAGCUAGGUGUCCGUGUUUUCAAUAGUUACACAGUGAAACUCUUUGGCACUAAAGAAUAAGCAAAUAUUGAACAACAGGUUGUGGUUACACUGAACACACUUAAUGUCAAUAUCAUUUCAGUGGCACUUUUGUUCUUUUUGUGGGAUUAGCAUAAUAUGGUGUUCUACCUGAACAACUUCUGACUGAUUUGUGAUCCAUCUUAGCUGUGCAUUGGAAUGAAAAACAUCUGCAUGUCAUCACCUUCUUGGGUGUGGAUGUUGAAUCUGUCUCCUGAAACUAGAUGAUGUCAGAAUUAAGAAACCUCAAUGAGACUGAGGAAAUUGCUUUCUUUCUUGCAGUAGUUAUUAACUUUAGCUAUGAUGUGGAUCAAAAGCAAGUCAUUCUGCAUUGACCUUAAGAUUAAAUAUUUUGCAUUUUGAAGCGUCAGCUUCUGGACGUGUAAGUCAGUACUGUUGGAAGCUCUUUCUCUUUGCCUUUGCUUCCUACACCUACCACACAUGUAUUCACAUCCAGUCAAACGUGAGGAAUCUGUAUAUUUGUCAAAUAUGUUUUAAUAUGUAAAGUUUCUUUGAAUAUAGUUGCUCUCAUAUUUUAUAAGUGAGUGGUGUUAUCAGAAGUGUUGUUGUAGACUACAUGUAUUCACAUCUGUCAUAUACAGUAAAUGUUGAAUUGGUGAUGUUAUUGUGUGCUUGAAUUAUGAAUGUUUCUGUGUGUAUGAUUUUUCCUGAUUUGCAACUGUGGUUUUGAAUGUUUUAUUCUCGCCUCUAAUCCCUUGUAGAAUAUAUCCCAUUUUACACAUGCACACACACACACACACACACACAC